AUGAGUUCGCUCCGAGUACAAAAGCGGCUCGCUUCAUCAAUCUUACGUUGUGGUAAUAAGAAAAUCUGGCUUGAUCCAAAUGAAGCCAAUGAAAUUGCAAAUGCCAACACUCGCCAAAGUGUACGUAAAUUAAUUAAAGAUGGUUUAAUUAUCAAAAAACCAGUGGCAGUACAUUCACGUUUUCGUACACGUAAAAAUAAUGAAGCUCGUCGUAAAGGUCGACAUAUGGGUCAUGGUAAACGAAAAGGUACUGCCAAUGCACGUAUGCCAACUAAGAUCCUUUGGAUUCGUCGUAUGCGUGUUUUACGUCGUUUAUUGAAAAAAUAUCGUGCAGCUAAAAAAAUUGAUCGUCAUUUAUAUCAUGAACUUUAUUUGAAAUGCAAGGGUAAUGUUUUUAAAAAUAAACGUGUAUUAAUGGAAUUUAUUCAUAAGAAGAAAGCUGAAGUACAACGUACGAAAAUGCUUUCUGAUCAAGCUGUUGCUCGUCGUGAACGUACAAAAGAAAAACGUACUCGACGUGAACAACGUAUUCUUCAAAAACGUACUGAACUUUUGGGUAAACAACAAGAAGAUGACGAUACAAAUGUAGCUCUUCAACAAGUUAUUCAACAACAAGCUCAAACACCUGUUGUAGCACCAGCAUCACAAUCACAACAACAACAACAACAACAAGCACCAUCAAAAACAGGUGCCAAACAAGAAAAGAAACAACAACAACAGCAACAGCAAACCCAAGUACAACCUCAAAAAACACAACCAAAAAAGAAAUAA